AUGGAGGCUGCGCCCGUCUCGCGCAGCUACUCGGUGCAUGCCAACCCGAGCGUCGAGGAUCUCUCCGUUCCCGAUGAUGUUAUUCCCGGCCAUCCGCUGGGAGUCAAGCCCAGUGGCAAUGCCCUGCUCGCCACACAAAACCUGCGCGAUGCCAUUGGCAUCUUUAACAUGUUGCCGGAUGAGUUGAUCUCGAUGCUCCUGGAGCAUCUCGAUGGUGCCGGCCUGUUGAGCGUGGGACGGACCUGUAAGGCGUUUUAUGCUUUCACUAGAGCCGAGGAUCUAUGGAAGGCUCUUUUUGUCGGGUCUCCUCCUGUCUCGUUCACCUGGAAUGGCACAUGGCGAUCCACCUACUUGAAGAUUCCCCCGUCCGAGGUGUGCAUCCUGGAUUGCUCGAGCCUGUACUCGGACGCUCUGCACCGUCCCUUCCAUUGUGCGCACAUAGCGUUAGAGCCUUAUGUCAACAACAUCCCUGCCCGGAACCAAAUCGCCCGUCUGCCUGAUCUAUCCUUCGAAGAAUUCAACGAGAAAUGGAGCGACACACCGUUCAUUCUGACCGAGCCCGUGAAGCAGUGGCCCGCGUACAAGACCUGGUCUGUCGAGAUGCUCCUGGCCGAGUACGGCGAGGCAGUCUUCCGUGCCGAGGCAGUGGACUGGCAUUUCUACAACUAUGUCGAAUACAUGAAAAACAACUCCGACGAGAGCCCUCUCUACCUGUUCGACCGGGCGUUUGUGUCCAAGAUGGGUCUCAAGGUGGGCCAGGACCCCGAGGCCACUUAUUGGCCUCCGCCGUGCUUCGGGGAGGAUUUGUUUUCUGUGCUGGGGAAGGAUCGUCCGGACAGACAGUGGUUGAUCAUUGGACCUGAGCGGUCUGGGAGCACCUUUCACAAGGACCCGAACGCGACCAGCGCAUGGAAUGCGGUCAUCCGCGGCUCGAAGUACUGGAUCAUGUUCCCGUCGUCGUCAAAGCUCCCCCCGCCUCCGGGCGUGUUCGUGUCCGACGACCAGAGUGAGGUGACAUCCCCACUCAGCAUCGCGGAGUGGCUGUUUGGCUUCCAUGCGGAGGCGCGACGCACUCCGGGUUGCAUUGAGGGGAUCUGCGGCGAGGGCGAGAUCCUCCACGUCCCCUCGGGCUGGUGGCAUCUGGUCGUCAAUACCGAACCCGCCAUCGCCAUUACGCAGAACUUCAUCCCCCGUGCGCAUUUGGGCUCGGCACUGGACUUCCUGUCCAACAAGGCGGACCAGAUCUCGGGGUUUAGAAAGGAUGUGCAGAACCCUUACGAGCGCUUCGUGGCACAGAUGCGGGAGUCGCACCCGGAGUUAUUGGAACAGGCACAGAGCGAGCUGGAGAGGAAGGCAGAGGGGAAGAAGAGGAAAUGGGACGAGAUCGUCCACGGCAAGACCGAGCAAGACGCAGAAGGCGCCGAAGGUGGGUUCAGCUUUGGGUUUGGUGAUGACGGGAGCGAUGUGGAAGUUCCCUAA